AUGGCGACCCUCAACUUCAAUCUGGUCAACCAGUCUGGUUCAAACACCGCCUAUGCUUAUAUUACAGGCCAGGCUAUUGAUAAUAACAAUGCGCUUUUCCUCUUGCGGGCCGACGGCAAGACGGCCUACUACCCAACUUCUCCGUCUGCUACACUGACUGCUCUUGCGCAAGACUGCGCGAUCCCACUUGGCGCAGUAGGAAGCACUAAAACUGUGACGAUCCCGCACCUUGCGGGAGCCCGUUUGUGGUUUGUGCGCGAUGCAAAGUUGACCUUUUAUUUGAACCCCGGCCCAGCGCUAGUUGAGCCGUCCUCGUCGAACCCGUCGGACGCAAACUACAAUCUGUUCUGGGAUUUCUGCGAGUUUACGUGGAACUCCUCGCAGCUCUAUGUCAACAUUACAUAUGUGGAUUUUGUCUCCCUGCCUAUUGCCCUGGCGCUAACAAACACGUCUGGCACGACAAACACCGUUCAAGGCCUCCCGGCCGACGGGCUGGCUCAGAUCUGCACCGCGCUUAAAGCUCAAAAUGCCACAGAUGGCGCGGGCUGGGACAAACUCAUCGUCACGAACAAUGGCACGAAUCUUCGCGCCGUGUCUCCCAACACUGGCAUAGUACUUAACAGCGGGCUGUUCAGUAGCUACUAUGCCAGUUACGUAAACCAAGUCUGGUCCAAGUACGCAAGCGCCACCUUGACCGUCAACACUCAAGCGUCAGCGGGUGAUGUCACAGCGACAGUCUCGAACGGGACCCUCAACUUCUCGACUGGGAAUAUCACUUAUGCCCAACCAUCCACAGCAGACAUCUUCAGUAACAGCUCCGGUGCUUUUGCUGUCUCGGGCAACAGCACCAAGGAUGCAAUCACUGCUCGCCUAGCUGCCGCGUUCAAUCGGUCUACUCUCCUGAUCAACACCAUUCAGCCAAAUGGCGAGAAGGUCGCGAAUUACUACCAGAACGCAGUGACCAAUCACUACUCGCGGAUCUGCCACGCGACAACCUUAGGCAACCGCGGUUAUGCGUUCCCCUACGACGAUGUUGCUCCAACGAAUGGUACAGACCAGUCGGGUAGUGUGUAUGACCCGAAUCCCAAGCUGUUGACAGUUACUCUGGGCGGCGGUGCUACCACAACUGCUAAGGAACCAGUUGUGCAGGUGGCUGCUGCUAGCAAUGCGCCCGCGCCCCUUAGUGGAAACCCGAAACAGGGUCGUCUGAGGAAGACCCUGCGGAAGCUGUUCCAGAAGAAGUGA